GGGCGCACACAGACUGGCGCUGCGACAGCAACCUCGACUGCGCCGGUUCCCAGCUCCUAGCAAGAAGGAACCUGGACAUGACCAGAAAGAUCUUCACAAAUACCAGGGAGCGGUGGAGGCAGCAGAGUGUCAACAAUGCCUUUGCCAAGCUGAGGAAACUCAUCCCUACUCACCCUCCAGACAAGAAGCUGAGCAAGAACGAGACGCUUCGCUUGGCAAUGAGGUAUAUCAACUUCUUGGUCAAGGUCUUGGGCGAGCAAAACCUGCAUCAAACAGGAGUCGCUGCCGCUCAGGGAAACAUUCUGGGGCUCUUUCCCCCAAAGCCCCGCCUGCCAGAUGGGGAUGACAGAACUCUACUGAAUGACUACCAAGUUCCUUCCCCUGGCCCAAGCCACGGGGCUCCCUAAGGUGGUGGUGACAGUCAGCCCCCAGGGCAGCACUGGUUGAAGAGUCACAUGAUUUCAUGCUGUGGUGAGGUAUGACACCGGAAGUGAAGUGACGAAGUGAUGAACAGCAGCUGAGAGCUGAAAGGAGACUUGAGCAAUAUUGCUCGAGUCCUAUUACCCCAGAACUUCAGGUGGGGAAAAAAACCAGCAAAACAAAACAGCUGUAAGUUUAAAACUGCUGUCUCACCCAUGACGUCAGUAAUGAGGACUUCCUUAAGACUGGAUCUCAGAUGAAAGAACAAUGCUUGUUGCCCUCUGAAUAUAUUUAAACGUUUACUUUGAGAAAGGAGACGCGUUUGAUGGAAGGCAAACACAUGUUAAGACUGAUGAGUGAAGAGUUAGCCACUGUGGAAACCAACCCGGGAGAGCCAUGGGGCCCUCUUUGGAGGGAUGCCCCUCUGGAGCAGAGCAGUGAGGAUUAAAGCCUCCUUUGACCUCUGUGGAAUCAUGAUAUUCGACUUCAGUUGAGCCUCUGAUACAUAUACUGUCUCUGAGACCAAAUAGCAGGUUUCAUCCGUGUAAGGAAAAGUCUUGAUAACUUACGAACUGGACUUCAUAGGUUUUCUUAUAAACGUUAGCUAAAAUGAGCGCGAGCACACCCUUAGUUUGACACACUUGGUACUGACUCUUUUAAUUCAGCCCAAAUUCAUGCUGACAUAAGUCCUGUAAAAUUAAAUAAUUACGAAAAUCUGAAUAUUGCCAUUUUAUGAUUCAUUGAGGGUAAACAAUAGAAAUAGAAUACCAGAUGCUAAUGUACGAGUGCUUUUGACUUGGUCUUCCUGCCUCCCACAGAGCAUUUGCUCAUCCUUAAGCUGGGGCAGAGUAGCACCCAGUAAAUCAGUAGCACACUGUGGAUCUUGCAGUCAUCACCACGAACCAACCUGGUCCUGAUGGUGCCUGGACUCAAAGAUAAGUCCAGUAGUAGCUGAGCCCCAGUUGCAGAAAAUGCCUAGCUCUGGAACAUUUUAUUUCCCCAAAGUUCUUUUGGCUUUAUAAUCUUUUGAAUUACAGGUGGGCAAUCUGUGGAUUGUGGUUAUGAAUUUUCGAUAGCUACACAAUAUAGAAACUUAAGCUUCUUUGUCUCUCUAGAAAGUAUUUUCUUUAUAUGUAACAAGGUGACUGUCAUUCAGGUCAAUUCAGCCGAUGCACUUAUAGCACACUGGGUUUCCCGCUAAGUCCUUUAUUUAACCUGCCCUUGAUUAAUCUCCCCACAGAAACAGUAUAGAUUAUGGAGACAAGUGAGCACAGAGGCCAGGAGAUUACUUCCUUCCACCCCAAGUGUGCAUAUCAUUCUUAGCAGCCUGGGGAGAGUCAGACACUGGGACAUUUCAAUGAUUUUGUGUAACACUGACCUCUCGUCUGGCAUUAGAUUAAAAAGAGUACAUUUGGCAUUGCUUUGCUUUUACUUAGCUUCUUUGAAUGUGAAGAAGGCACAGAGGACCUCUGUCCCUAAAUGCAGGACUUUUGUGCCAUACACAGAAUACGCUUUUCCCUGCUUGCUGGGGCUUUCGUCUGUGCUCAGAGAGGGCCUUCCCUGAAGUGCUACAAGGACACCAAAUGAAAUGAGGAGGUUGAGCUGUAAUUAUACUGAAUGAGGGGGGUGAUUAUUUCAAGAACCCCUAGAGGAAAUCCUUUCAAAGAUGAAUAAAUCUUUGCAAUAUUAUUAUAUGUGAUGUACUUCUUGAAAUAUUUCUUCACCUUAAAAUUUCUAUACCAAGUUGUAUUAAAUUAACAUCUGAAGAAGAAGAAGAAGAAGAAGAGGAGGAGGAGGAGGAGGAGAUGAGGAAGAAGAAGAAGAGGAAGAAGAAGAAGAGGAGGAGGAGGAGGAGGAGUUGUUAUUACAUCAGGCCCAAAUAGUCACGGUAUGUGUGGGACUAGAAGCUAAAUCAAAACUCUCUGUAUGUUUUUCUCUGGUAUCUUCAUGCCAGGCAUGGUGGUCCUAGCAGUAAGAAUUCAUAGUUCAAAUGCAUCAUAGUCUACCAGAUGCUACAUCUGUUUAUGGGUCAUUUGAGUCUAACAGAAGAGUUAAGCCACAUUUUCUAACUAUGCUCCUCUCUUCCUUGAACUAAAGUGAGUGUCUGGUCUUCUUUGGACUGUAAUGGAAGUGUUUAGCAACCACAUCCAAGCUUUAUACAGACUGUCUGCUUGGUCACUCCACAGAGAAGAAAAAAGGUCCAGGGAGUUUCAGAAUGGCUUUCCAAAGGUCUCGGGGCCAUCCACAGAGGUCUAGGACACAGAUGUCUGUUUCUUGACCCUUUCCAGCUUUUCCUUAGUGCUGAUCAGUCAACGUGUAUCUGGGGUUGAAAACAAACAAAAGCGCCUUACCGUUACAUUAACCUCUUCCUGAAAGCAUUUAGUGAUCUAUGCUUUUUUGUGACACAAAAUUAUCAUGCUUUGUAGAAUGUGAGUAGAUGUGUCAACCAAAGAUUUUAAAAAAUCUGUUAGUAUGUUUUGUGAGUUCUUGACCAUUAAUUAUAAUUUGCUAUUUAACUGUUAAUUUAUUACAAAUAAAUUAUUUAAGAAAA